AUGUGCACUGUGGAUCAACUUAUUGAUAAAGAGAAUAGGAUUUGGAAUGAUAGCAUCCUAGAAGCCUUGUUUGAUAAUAAUACUAUUAAGGAAAUUAAGAAAAUAAGAAUUCCUAACAGUGGUACUGAUACGCUUAGAUGGCUUCCAGAAAAUAAUGGAUUAUUUUCCGUUAAGUCAGCUUAUAAAUUUAUCCUUAAUGAAUACCAAAACCAGAAUGAAAUUAAUAAUUCCACUGAUGGUGUUAAUCGGAAAUCUUUUUGGAAAAAGUGUAUCCCUCCAAGGAUUCUCCACUUCUUGUGGAAGUGCAUUACAAAAUUUCAUCCUACUAGUGACACGUUUGCUAGAUAUGCCAAUGAUAGAUCUAUAACUUGUCCUUUUUGUAAUGAUGUUGUUGAAACUAUGCAUCAUUUAUUCUUUGAAUGUGAUGUUUCUAAGGAAGUGUGGAAUAUUUGUGAUAGCAGCUUAGCAUCAGAUGUCAGUAAUGCUAAUUUUGAUUCAUGGAUUGUGAAUAUAUUUGCUCCAUCCUCUACUGUUACUAUGCAGCAUAAUAUGCAGGUUGAAGGAAAAGCGGGGGUAAUCAUAUGGCAUUUAUGGAAGGCUAGGUGUAAGCUAGUCUUUGAAAAUGUCCAACCUAAUACGGGAAGUAUUUCUAACCUGAUUUCUAGAUACUAUAAUGAUUGGAGAUCCAACAGUAUUCCAAAUACUGUUGGAAGGCUGGGUGCGCAUUAUGGACUUAGAUCCUGGUCUACAACAACAUUAACAACAGAAGGAGUUGAAGCUGAAGCAUCUCUUAUGGCUGUUAGGUGGGCAAAAAAAUUGGGAAUACGAAAACUUCAUCUGGAAAGAAAUUGUAAUUGUGCGAUCAAAGCAAUAAAUGGCAAGAGAUCUGCAGUCAAGUGA